AAUUCCUUUCAAUUUCAAUUUUCUUCUCUUUUCUCCAGCUACUUUGGACUCUCGCCAUGGAAUAAUAUCAGUUAACUCAAUUUCAGCUCAAUUUCUUCUUCUCCUUAUUCAUCUACUUUCCUCUUUCGUCACUUUACUAUGACUGACCUACCAUAAUAAGAGAGACGAAUACAGAGACAGAAGAUAUUUUUUUCUCAGUCCGUUUUCCCCAUUUAUUGGGUUUCGAGCAAAAUUUCUCCUUACGAUUUGCAGCGGCGCCGUUGAAGUUAGGGUUUCGUUUCGCUUUUUGGGAUCAAAAAUGGUGAGGAAACAUGGUUGGCAACUUCCCGCUCACAAAUUCCAGGUGGUUGCAAUUACAGUUUUCUGCUUAUUGGGUGUAGCGUUCUAUGCUUUUUUCGCUCCUUUCGUUGGAGGACGCUUAUGGGAGUUUAUUCUCCUCGGUGUUUACUCUCCAGUGGCUCUCAUUGUCUUUGUUCUUUAUGUUCGUUGUACUGCAAUCAAUCCUGCGGAUCCAGGAAUCAUGUCGAAAUUCGAAAGAGGUGCAGACAGAACCGAAAUGGGACACGACAAAGAUGUCUCGAGGAAGUUUAAUGAAACGGGCAGCCAGGUGCUGUCUUCUCCUUCUGUUGCCUCCAAGGCUUCUACUUUACCAGCAACCUCUAGCGUGAAAGGCUCUGUUGGAGAUGCUCAAAGAAGACUGGAAUCAGCUGGAGAAAAAUCUUGCUUUAAUCCUUUGGCGAUCCUGUGUGGUGUGUUUGUUUACGAAGAUUGUCGCAAGAAAGAAGAGAUAGAUGAACAGCAAGGGGACAGGGAAGAAGCUCUGUUUUGCACUUUGUGCAAUGCUGAGGUCCGUAAGUUUAGCAAGCAUUGUCGAAGUUGCGACAAAUGUGUAGACUGUUUCGAUCAUCAUUGCCGAUGGCUUAACAACUGUGUUGGUCGCAAGAAUUAUAUCACUUUUAUAUCCCUGAUGGCUGCUAGUCUUCUCUGGCUCCUUAUUGAAGCAGCAGUUGGAAUUGCAGUGAUAGUGCGGGUAUUUGUUAAUAAGAAAGGCAUGGAAACCGAGAUCGUCAAUAGACUCGGAAAUGGGUUUUCUCGGGCACCUUUUGCUACGAUUGUUAGUCUCUGCACUGCUGUUUCCAUUCUGGCAUUGUUUCCACUCGGUGAACUUUUCUUUUUCCAUAUGCUCCUCAUUAAAAAGGGCAUUACAACUUAUGAGUAUGUUGUGGCAAUGAGAGCAAUGAGCGAGGCGCCAGCUGGAGCUUCGAUUGAUGAGGAAAUGCCUAACGUUUUGUAUUCUCCCUCUGGAUCUGCCACGACUGGUUUUAGUGGUGGAAGCUCUCUUGGUCUACCAUAUAAGGGAGCCUGGUGCACUCCUCCUAGAGUCUUUGUUGAUUAUCAGGAUGAAGUCAUUCCUCAUUUGGACCCUGGAAUGGUCCCAUCGACCAUAGAUCCAGAUGCAGCUGAAUCAGCAGAGAGGGGUAACAAGAUCCCAAAGAGACCUGUCAAAAUCAGUGCUUGGAAACUCGCAAAGCUGAAUUCAAAUGAAGCUACAAGGGCAGCAGCCAGAGCCAGAGCAUCCUCGUCUGUCUUAAGACCGAUAGAAAACCGUCAUGGACAAGACGAUGACCUUAGUUCUAGUGGCACCAUCAGUGUCAUCAGCAGUGUAAGCACAGAUGCAAAUGGAGCUGUGUUGAGUAAAGAAAUGAGAAACAAUGAUCCAAGGUUGUCUCUUUCUAGAAACUCUUUUGCUCAAAGCCAAGGUAGCAGGGACGAGUACGAGACAGGGACACACAGUAUGAGCAGUUUCAGCAGUCCUAGCCAUGUUCACGAGGCCGUCACGCUUAGCCCUCUCCCUCAGUCUCAUACAGCUGGCCACCGCUUCACUGCACCGGCAUCAUUAAAUGCUCCUCGUCCACCUCUUAAUCCAGCGACCAACCACUUGAUCCACUCAACCUUUGAUGCAAAGAUAAUGCAGAAAGGAAACAACCCCGAUCCAUUGCUUCACACUGCUCCUUCAGCUUCUCUUCUGAGAGAUGUGAGAAGAACAUCAGUUGUUUGGGACCAAGAAGCAGGUAGGUAUGUAUCAGUUCCUGCAACAACAUCUGAGGCAAGAACCAGAUUGUUCUCACAGAACCAGCCACUUCCUAUCUCACACAUGGGUAACACUCAGAAUCCAAGACCCGUUGUUCUUCCACCUUCAUCUGGUAAGGCUCCUCCUCCAUUGCAGCAAGGAGAGAGACUUACGUAUACAGGUGACUCAAUCUUCUUUGGGGGUCCUCUGGUGAAUAUUCCGAACAGAGAUAGCCUUAGACAUGAAGGAGACUCGGGAAGAGAGGGACAAGAGAGAAUGACAUUGACAUUGCCUCGAGAAGCUAGAUUCAGAAGAGACUCAGCCUCAAACCAGCUUCCAGUCUUUGCUCCUGUUGGUAACCGCAAGUAAAAACCUUCAAUAUUUCAAGGACCUUGAUAGAGACUGACAGGAGAAGAAGAGGCUUAGCUGCUUGAAGGUCAAAAUCAAUGGGACUCGCUCAACGGUUGCAGUCAAUAGAUACGAUUUGUCUGAAUCUCCGGGGACUUGUGGUUGAGUAGUUUGCGGAUUAGUUGAUGAGGUAGAAAGUAGAAUCCUUUGUGAACAUUCCUUCCACGAGCUGGGUCUUCUUACAUCAUUGCUUCAUUAUUGGCUUUGAAAGAACCAAGUUGUUGUAUGACUCCAUGAAUCUAAGAUCUUGCUUUUAUGAUCAUUACUUUAGAGAAUUAGCUCAGGUUCAAAGUUAUCUUCUUCUCAGCUCGACUU